AUGGCCGACUCCGAUGGCGAGUAUGUCGAGAACGACAUGUCGGACGACGACCUCAUGGACCAUCGAGUCACCGAUGGCGACCCCCAGGCAGCCAAGGGAAAAUCUGCCCGCGGCCGCAAAGCAGAUGCCGCGCGGUCCUGGGAGAAGUCGAAGCGUACAUGGGAGACGAACCUGCCCGAGGAGGACGGCGACGGCAUCCUCAACCUAUCGACCCUCGAGGCCGAGAAGCGAAAGCGCCUGCUGCGGGACACGACGCCCCUGCAGCGAGGCAUCAUCCGUCACCUGGUCCUUGUGCUGGACAUGUCGUUUGCCAUGGCCGAGAAGGAUCUGCUGCCCACGCGCUACCGCCUGACCCUGAACUACGCCGCCGCCUUCGUCCGCGAGUUCUUCGAGCAGAACCCCAUCUCGCAGCUAGGCAUCAUCGGCAUGCGUGACGGAGUCGCCGUGCGGAUCAGCGACGUGGGCGGCAACCCGAGCGAACACCUGGAGCGAUUGAAGGGGUUGGAGAAUCAGGACCCCCAGGGGAACCCGAGUCUGCAGAACGCCCUGGAGAUGUGUCGAGGUGCUCUAUUCCAUGCACCAUCCCACGGCACGCGAGAAGUCCUCAUCAUCUACGGCGCUCUGCUGUCUAGCGACCCCGGCGAUAUCCACGAGACGAUUGGAAACCUCAUCACCGACCGAAUGCGGGUGUCCAUCGUCGGCCUCUCCGCCCAGGUGGCCAUCUGCGCAGAGCUCUGCUCACGCACCAACGCCGGCGAUGAGUCGCAGUAUAACAUCGCCAUGGACGAGGUCCACUACCGCGAGCUCUUCCUGGCCGCCACGACGCCUCCCGUUACGCGGACCCAGGAGCACAGUACUGCCAGCCUGCUCAUGAUGGGCUUCCCGUCUCGUACGCUCGCCCCCGACGGCACCACGAGCUACUGCGCCUGCCACAAUAAGCCCUUCCGUGAAGGAUACCUCUGCACCCGCUGCGGCUCCCGUGUCUGCCGUCUACCCGCAGAGUGUCCCUCCUGCGGCCUCACCCUCAUCCUGUCCACCCAUCUGGCGCGGUCCUACCACCAUCUCUUCCCGUUGCGCAACUGGGUCGAGGUCUCCUGGGCCAAGGCUGCCAAGUCCGCCGCCUGCUUCUCCUGCCUGGCACCGUUCCCCGAGCCGCCCAAGACAAAAGGCCUCGACAAGUCCAAGGACGAUUCUGCCCGUCCGGCGGCCAAGGGUGUUAGCGAGAGCGGGCGUUAUGCCUGCGAGGUGUGCAAGGAGCACUUCUGCAUCGACUGCGAUGUGUUCGCCCACGAGGUUAUCCACAACUGCCCAGGAUGCCAGAGCAAGACCCAGAUUGCCCCGGCCGCGUCGACUGAGGUGAAUGGCAAUGGCCACACCAACGGGGAUGUGAUCAUGAGCUAG